GGAACGGUCUUUGCACCGCAAGCCAACACUACUGACGAUGUGAACCAAUUCCUAACGGCGCAAAUCCCUAGUCUGACAAAAGAGGCCCUGAGUAGGCUGAACCACCUUUACUCAGACAUACCAGCGACGUUUCCCAACGUCAACGUCAUGCAGGCUCCACUAUACUACAGAGCAGCAGAGAUGUUCGGAGAUUCCUCCUUCCUUUGUCCGGCUUUCCAGUUUGCCGCCGGUCUCCAUCGUGCUGGUGUUCCAGCGUACUUGUAUCUCGAUCGUAUCCUAGAUCCGGUCGAGGUCGCGACUGGCUACAUUGUGCCACAUACUUGGGACACGCAGGCUGUCUGGGGGCCUUCAUUCGCCGUCAACUACGCUGCUUUGCCGGGCGCCAUUAGUUACGAACCCAGUCAAUCUAAUGCUGCGAUAGUACCUGUCGUGCAGGCUUUUUGGACUAGUUUCGCGCGAUCUUCUGGCAAUCCCAAUAUCUUUAGGGCAAGUGGAACGCCGGCUUGGAACAAGUCUGUCGGUGGUAGCUUUCUUAACAUUGAGACGAACAAUACUAGGAUGGAACAAAUAAGCAGCUCGCUACUUGAGAAGUGUGCUUACUGGGCGGACCUUGCGGCAGAAACAAGACAAUAG